AUGACUACAAAAGCUACAACGAUUAAGGAGGCCAUCAAAAAAUGGGAAGAGAAAAGUGGUCAACACGCAGGAACUGCUACAGAAGAGUUACCAAAUUUGGACGAUUUGCUAUUCGUUGGCAACCCUUUGUACGACGCGUGCGAGCUUGACGUUUGGCGCGCGGAAGCGGCGCGGAGGUUGCCACAGCUUAAAAAACUCGAUGGUGAGACCGUUCUAAGGGAAGACGACCCACCGUUGACUGUUGCCAAUAUGCAGCCCGAUGGCGGAGAUGCAGUGGAGACUUUAGUCAGUGCGGAAAACAACGAC